GGGAUUUUUUCGUGAGGGUGGGGUUUUUGAUACGAUUUAACGUAAUUUGAUAUUUUUGCUACAGCUUGUUUAUUUUUCUAAUACUAACAUGCGUCUAUUAUCUAGAAGUGUUACGAUCGUUGUAGUUUCCAUUUCUCUUGUUUUGCUAGUGCUGCUGAUUCGGUACUGGUUAUGUGUCAAGCAAUAUUUAUUUGAAAAAGAGGAGCUUGCACAGUUAGCUAAACAGUAUGCGGGUCUUGACCACGAGCUGGCAUUUACCAAGGUAAUAACAGAACUUAGGAAAAAAUACCCUGGCCAUAUCCUUCCAGAUGAGGACCUACAAUGGAUAUUUGUGAAUGCUGGUGGCUGGAUGGGGUCAAUGUGCCUGCUUCAUGCCUCCCUCACGGAAUAUGUUCUAUUGUUCGGAAGUGCAGUUGACACUGUUGGACAUUCAGGGCGCUAUUGGGUUGAAAUCUCUGAUACCGUCAUCUCUGGCACUUUCCGACAGUGGAAGGAGGGAACUACUAGAAGUGAAGUAUAUUACCCAGGUGACUUUAUUGUUCAUGAAGCAGGUGAAGCUACCGCUGUUCAGUGGAGUGCUGGUACUUGGAUGGUUGAGUAUGGACGAGGCUUCAUACCAUCUACUUUGGGAUUUGCAUUGGCGAACACUAUUUUCUCCACACAGGACUAUUUGACCCUUUUUUACACUGUCCGUGUUUACUUAAAAGCAUUGUUACUGGAAGCAAGUACCUACCUCACCGAUAGUGGAAUCUUUUAAAUUUGAUUAUGAAAAUGCACUGUAUUUGUUGAAACGUAGUGACUGCUGAUUUUACUGAUUUGAAAAGAGACCUUUAUCUCCUUUAAACCUUAAAAUUGUUUGUGCAGUACAUUGUUCAGGUUAUAUGAUGCAAGCCUUCUUAAAGUUUUACAUUGGGAGGAGGCAUAUUUGUGCUUAUUUUAUCUAUUUGCCUGUUGGUGUAAUGCACUAUGAGUACUAGUGCAUAAGCCGUGUUGCACACUUUCUCCCUGUGCUUUAUCUUGCAUACAACUGAGUUUGCACUUCUGUGCUGUGAGAACCAGUUAUAUAUUUCAAAACGUAGGACAUUAUCUGCUUCAGAGUAGGCAGUGAAUGUGAAUUGUGCUGCUUAUCUGGUUUCCUUUUACUCUAAAUGUAAUGGAGUAAUGUUUAAGGAUUUUGUAGUCUAAGCAAGUGCGCUGAAGAAAGAUGUUUUAAGAGUGAGCUAGAAUACUAUCUUGUGUCCUCGCUGCCUUCUCCAGUUGCAUCAUUUUUGGUUCACUGAAUAUUUGUGUAGUUGAAUGCAGUCUAGGACUCUGAAAUGUGUAGGAAACCUCAUCCUAUGCCCCAAAAAAACUCUUAAAAAGGCUUCUGUACUGCAUUCUUAGCAGAUUUUUAGUAUUUCUUUAUGCAUAGCAUUUAAUUUUGUAUAUAACAAAGCCAAGGAAGUUUCCACGGGAUUAUGUUCUUCUGACUCAUUCUUUUUACACGGUUAAACUUUUAGCAAAACUGCUGCCAAGUUGCCACAUUUCCAGAUGCCCAGUACAAGACAUUUCUUAAUGACAUUGUACACUAGCAUCCAGUUCAAAAGGCUUCCUUUUAUUUACCAAAAGUACCCACUGGUGUUUAGCAGCUUAGUUUGGUCUGCAUUUUAAGGUGUUUUACUUAGUGUCAGUGUUUUCUGCUAUAUCAAGAGUAGAAUUAUUGCAACAUAUGCCACUUAUGUUUUACAGAAAGAUACAGCUGCGCAUAUCGCACCUAUCCUGUGGAAAAAGGGAGGGUAGUAAUGCUGUUUGUCAAGUACAGGUCUUGGAAAACAAACUUGAAAUGUGUUUUAGAUGCUGAAAAUUUUUAAAACAAUGUGCGCAUUCUCCUGUUUUUGGCAGUGACAGCAGGUGUUUGUCUUGAAUUCUUGGCUCCGAUAUGUUCACAGGUUUGCAGAAGUGUCUUACCGAAGAUAAAGGUUUUGGGUGCCUUGCAGAUUAUAGGUUUCUUUACAUGUUUCCUACAGAACUAAACCAGCAGACUUUAUGGAACCACUGAAUACUGAAAUUAAACCCAUCAAAUGGGUACCAUCGUUGCAGUGGUAGCGUUGCCUCACAGCAAGAGGUUCUCCUGUUCGAUUCUCGGCUGGAGUGCCUUCUGUGUGGAAUCUGCACGUCUUCCCUGCGGUAGAGUGGCGAUCGAAAGACCUGCGUGAAUGGGCGUGCCUUCGUUGAAGUUUGAGCUGGCACCUCAACACUGUAAAAAUCUACUGCCAAUCAUUAGCAGACCGGAGUUUCUCUGUGGCAACCCCUAACCAGGAAAAGCCGACAGAAGAACAACAAAUGGGUAGUUUCUUGAAAAGAAAUGUUGAAUUUCAGUAUGCGGAGCGAGUUCUGAAGAAUACGCUCAAUUUUCAAGGAGGAAGUAACCCUCAUUGCAACUCCAUUACUUAAUUAUUCUUUAAAAUCUCAGAACAUUGGAGGUGAGUGCAUUACUCAGGUAGUUUGAAACUCUUUCAGAGGACACAAGUUUUGCCUCUUAAGUGUGCAUGUAUGUACCCAUGCUACUGUGAUUCAAAGGUUACAGUUUCCUUGCAAGAGUUCCUAUUUAUAUCAGAGAUGGCACAAAAGCGCUUUCUUCUUGUGAGGCAGUGGGCCUUUUUGAUGGAUUACAUCACUUAUGAGUGCAGGAGAAAUGCCCUUGGUAAAAUCCUCUGUGCACCUUAGCCGUGGUAUUAUAUUAAAAAUGUACAGUGGGAGCAGUUAGGACUUGAGCAGAAAUCCUUGGAUUUCCUGCGGAAUACAGUGGCAUCACUAGUGCCACUUGUACCCCACUCCCACCCCUUGAGGAAUGAAUGGAUCUUAUGAGGCUCUUCCCUUCAAGGUUAAGUAAUGGGUCAUUUGGGCAGAUUGAGGGGGGAGGUGUAGUAGUCUGUGGGAACUGGAAGCAGUAUAAGCAUUGGCCAGAUUGGCCAGAUUUGCUGCUAGUUAACUUAAGAGCCAAAUAUUUUGUUACCUUUCACUGAAUACAUUUUAAUGUGUUGCCACAACAGUGUGCACACCAUUUGUUAGAUUAUAAUGAUGUAAUUAAAUGUAGAUGUAUUGCACUAUUAGUACAAGGAGCUUUAGUGUUUGGUGAAACUAAGUUAAGAAUUUGGCACUUUCAGCAUUUUAGAAAAUUACAUUUAUGGAAUCUUUCUUGGCAACCAUCAGUAGUUUGCACAUCUCUGCAGCAGUACCAGAGGAUGAUGCACUCUGAAUGGAAGGCAGUGUAUACUUAACUGUUCCUACUUAUCUUUUUUUUUUCUUGGUAAUGUUCUGAUAUAGACAGUAGCUGAUGACCACUUAGUAGAACAAUUCGAUGUAGACUGUUUUAAUAGAGUUUGGGUAUACAGGGAUUGUUUUGCAGUAACUUGCAGUUCUUCCUGUCACAUUGAACUGUAUAAUAAUGGUUGUGCACUUUAUCCUAUAUUCAUGCUGUUUUUUUUUUUUUUAAACUGUGCAUUCCUUUUGUUUUGCAACAUACCUGAUGCUACCAAUAGGCAUUUAUUACAUCUCUGGUCUACAUUAGAAAUUGAACCGCAAUUUGCCACAUGGCCUGCUUAACUAAAACUAAAUGCCUGCUAAUAUCCAGUCUAUAUACGUAUGCAUUCAGUUUGUGCAAUCCAAAUGAUUUUCAACCUGUCAGGAUGCCUUUUAUUAAUGGUUUGAAACUAAAACGUAUUUUUAUCAAAACUUCUGAUUUAUUAAAACUAAUUUUCAUUGAUUAUUAAAAAUACAUUUUUUCUCCA